UAGUCCGUCUCCCCAGCAUACCACAGAAGGUUGUUCAACACUGCAACAGUGUGUUCGUACACUUCAACAGAAAUGGGUGUUGUUCUGUUGAUUACUUUGCUUGUCUUUCUUCCCAACGCGGCUGACGGUGGGAGAUACCAAGACUGCCCCGAAGGCUGGACAAGGUGGGGUUCAAAGUGCUUCAAGCUUGAGAACAAAAGAUUUGAGAGAAGUGAUGCGCACUGGAGGUGCAAACAUUAUUAUUCUGCCUCUCUAGCAGUGAUUGAAAACGAAGCGGAGAAUAAAGUAGUUCAAGAUCUUCUCGGUGGUCAGUCGAGUGCAUGGAUCGGGCUACGUCGCAAAUAUGGAAAUUAUAGAUGGGACGACGAAUAUGAGUACAAUUAUACAAACAUGGCUUCUGGUCGUCGGACUUCCGGAGACUGCGUGAGGAUACUCAGUACUGGCGACUGGCAACGGGCAUAUUGUUUUAUGACAGCCGCUAUGUGUGUUUCAAGAAAUCUGGCUGUGAACCAGGCUGGACUGGAGACGAGUGUGACCGCCAGUGUCACUGCUACCGGGGCUACGUCUGUAAUGGAACUGACGCUUGUCCGUAUGGGUGUGAGCUGGGAUGGACCGGACAAUGGUGUGAUAGACACACAGACAAACCUGAAGUGUCCUUCUACUGUAUGAAAGAACGGGAAGGCUAUUCUUUGAACCUUACCUUGGACCAGAAAAGCAUCCCUUUCACGAACUACGGAGCCGUGAACACUGAAGGGGAGAUCAGUCCCAGAUGUGACAAAAGAAAGUUUAACUCUCUUGCUUUAUAUGUACAGAUUCGAAACGUGUCGGGAGUUUGGGAAUCGGAUUGUCCUGUAGAAACAGUAAGAACGUAGUGUAAAACACAUACAGUGCACCCUGGUUAUAAUGCCCCUGGAUGUAAUGCCAUGUUUUGCCAGAACGGAAUUCCUGCCUAUAUAAUACCCUGGUUAUAAUGCCAAACUGGAUAUAAUGCCAUUCGCCAAAGGUUUUGGGAACAAAAGUUAUUCAAAGUCAUUUUCCCCUGGUUAUAAUGCCAAUUACACUGGCUGCAUGUAGAAUACAUACCUUAAUUGGUUAAUUGACAUAACUCAAAUUAAUUGACCAAACUCUUUAAUGUUUUAAGUAGUCUUGUAAUCCCUGAUUGGAUAACACAUGUGACAAUACACUUCCUGCCACCUACAACAAGUCACCUGCAGUCCCUAGAUGCUGGAAUUAUCCAGUCAUUUAAUGUUAAUUACAUGAGACAUCAGCUCAAUCACCUUGUUGAUUGCAUAGGGCCUCUAGCUGUCCUACCUGCCUAUUAUGCCAACCUGGAUAUAAUGUCAUGUUUUCUCCUGGACAAACGGUGGCAUUAUAACCAGGGUAUACUGUACCUUCAAAUCAAUGUGUGUGAGUGUGCGUGCGUGCGUGUGAGCGCGCGCGUGUGUGUGUAACACUGUACUAUCAAUCGUGUAUAUCAGUUGUGUAUAUAACAACAGAAUAUAACUGUAUUCGUCUACA